AUGCAAACAAGUGUCGAUGGUGUGAUCACGCUUUCAAGAUCAACAGUUGUUGUUCCAUUGGACUCGGCACUUGUGGUUGGAUUAGAUUUUUCUAUGUGUGUCGGAGAUAAUCAAGUCUCAUUCAACUCUUCAGCAGAUCUUAAGGAGUGUAUUCUUCAGAAUAGAUUCUGUUGCUGUAUCUUUUCAUCUGUAACUGAGUUAAGGUUGCUUAUACGGCUUCAGACAACCACAACAGCUUUAAAGAUCACACUAGAAGUUUGUUCAAGAGCAGUUAAAGGUUACAAGUUCAUCAUUACCAUGGCGGCAUCAAUGAAUCACGAGGGAAGGACCAUUCUUAAGGUUUUUGGUGUUGAGCUUGUCCUCACUGAUCCAGUAAAAGGCAUGAAAAGGCCUUUUCAAAAAGCUGAGGAAAUCCGUGACAAGACUCCUAAUUCAUAUAUUCUACAACAGUUCAAAAACCCUGCUAACCCAAAGGUUCAUUAUGAAACAACUGGACCGGAGCUUUAG